GCCGGCAGUUGUCAAAAUAUUUUGAUUUUUCAAAUUUUCCGAUAGCUCAAUACAAAUCCAAAAAUACCCACCGAACAGAAAAAUUUUUAAGAAUUCCAUAAUUGUCUGUACCCAGAAUGCUGCGCCAACUACGGUUGACAAUGGAUAUUUCGGGUUGGAUCUUCCUCCCGUGGAGACGCUCCAUGUCCAACAUGAAGGACUCUCCUCCACCGCCACCACCACUGGCCAGCACUUUCAACGACGUGAUUGUGGACUACGAGGACCCGGAUUAUCUUCCACUGCCGGAGUAUCCGGUGCGUCCAAACGAGCCGUUGGAAACUCGCAAGCAACGGCUUUUGUACCAAUCGCGCAAGCGCGGAAUGCUGGAGAACGAUCUUCUGCUGAGCACCUUUGCGGCCAAGCAUCUCCAGAACUUCAGCGCCGAGCAGACGGCGCAGUACGACCAGUUGAUCAACGGGGUCAGCAACGACUGGGAUAUCUAUUACUGGGCCACCGAGGUGAAGCCCACGCCCAAGGAGUACGACACGGAGAUCAUGGGGCUGUUGAAGGAGCACGUCAAGAACGCCGAACGGGUCACGCGACUCCGCCAGCCGGAUCUGAAUAUUUAGGCAUGCACCUGGUGCUUAUGAAUAUGAUUAGUUAGAAGUUUAUAUGAUCCAGGAGAUCAUAUCCUUACCACAAUAACCAAAGCGCAAAUAUGUAUGUUUAGAAUACCAAAUAUAAUCAAUAUUUAAAGUUC